GAGAGUGGUAGAGAGAGGUUAGCGCUGUGAGCAGUAGAGGGGAGCCGCUGUCUGAAGCGGAGUCCGUUGGAAACUUUGGUACCGCGAGCGCAGCGGCACGCGCGGAGUUCGACUUACCGGUUAGCGGAUGUCUGACGGAGCGAGAGGAGGAAACGCGGUUUCUGAGGAACACGCUGCGCUGUCAUCAUAGCUGCCGUGAGCGUGACCUCAACCAACAACAUCUGGCGAGUGUGUGCGGAGACGUGCCACACAAAGUGGGAUUCGUCUGAGUUCUGAGGAGAAUUCGCCGUCACCAACCUGCCCACUCAUUCCAUAAAGCCUCUCCACUACCCACAGACAUCCCACAAACAAUGGCUUAAAGGCCGCAGGGACGACCCCUGCUGAAAGAGCGAUGAGCUAAUAUCAGUGGGAGUGUAUUUUUCUGGUACUUUUUCCAGGAGUGCCCUGGAUUGGAUUAGUCCUGUUUUCCACAAUUUAAAGCUCAAUGGAAGCUUCUUGGCGACCAGAAAGCUUAUGGUAGGCAUCAGGAGAGACCACAAUGGACUACAAAUAUGGCCUUCUUACCGGUGCUGUGGAUGAGGUAGAGAACUACAAAAGAAAAUCCGUCCUCGGAGACGGAUGGUUGAGCCUGCUGACCACAGUGGAAGACAGCAAGGGUCUGUGCCAGCCAUGGGGACCCCAGAACCUCGGGUUCUUACGCAAGGCCAAGGUCUUAAGCUUCCUGUUCUGUCUUGUAGCCACAUUCUUCAUCAUGGCUUCCUAUGUCCUGACGCGAGGCCAGAAAGGACUGCAACUUACACCUUCGCCAUAUCACUUCAGGGUGAUGUCCCAGUCCUCAAACCUGUCCUCAGGGAGGGAUUAUGCUGGCGUGAAGGAAGUGGUGAGGAACAUCGUGGCCAAAGUGGAGUUCCAUCAAAGAAAAGUGCCGGAGUUAAUGGAGCUGAGGGAGAGAGAAGCUCACAUUUUCUCUGCAAUCCCUCGUAAAUUCCUUCCCUACCUCAAGAAUCCCUGCUGGUAUGAGGAAUACACCGGGAACAGCACAGUAGACCCAUAUGGGCAGAACUUGUAUGCCCUUUACUCCAAACGCUUCCAGGUUGUAUACAACCACCUACGCAGUGCUUUUCAGGAGCAUCUCCACCAUGAGGCAGGCAGACUCUACCGCCUCCGCUGCCUACCCUACUUCUACAUCAUAGGGCAGCCCAAGUGUGGCACCACAGAUCUCUACGAUCGGCUUCGGCUGCACCCACAGGUCCAGUUCACCACCAUGAAGGAGCCACACUGGUGGACGAGGAAGAGGUUUGGUAUUAUCAGGUUGAGCGAGGGUUUCCACAGCCCAUAUCCACUGAAAGACUACCUGGACCUGUUUGAUCAGGCAGCUUAUCAGAUUCAGGAUCUGCUGGGCAGUUCCUCUAGAAGAAACAGCAAGACAGACAUCAUAAUUGGGGAGGCCAGCGCGUCCACUAUGUGGGACAACAACGCAUGGGUUUAUUUCUAUGACAACGGAACAGGGAUGGAGCCUCCUUGUCUGGUGCAGGACUUUAUCCAUGCAGUCCAGCCAGAUGCUAAGUUCAUAGUGAUGCUCAGAGAUCCUGUAGAAAGGCUUUAUUCAGACUAUCUGUACUUCGGCAUGGCCAACAAGACAGUGGAGGACUUCCAUGAGCGCGUCUCUGAGUCCUUGCAGCUCUUUGAAGUCUGUCUGGCUGAGAGAUCCAUGCGAUCCUGUGUCUACAACACUACCCUCAACAAUGCCAUGCCUGUGAGGCUGCAGGUGGGGCUGUACGUGGUCUAUCUGCUCGACUGGCUGAGCGUCUUUAGCCGAGACCAGAUUCUAGUUCUGCGACUGGAGGAUCACGCCGCCAGCAGGAAACACACCAUGCACAAAGUCUUUGACUUCCUAGAAUUAGGACCGCUCACCCAGCAGAAGGAAGCAGACAUCACUAAAAGCCCAGCGUCCAACACCAGGAGGCCAGCCAAUCGGAAUCUGGGCCCCAUGCUGCCCGUAACAAGGGAGAUCUUACAGAGCUUCUAUGGACCCUUCAACCAGAGACUGGCCCAGGUUCUCCGUGACCCAGCCUUUCUGUGGACGCAGUCGUAGCGACCACUCUGCCGAAUGUGAAAAUUGCCAGAACUGCCUGGCAAUUUUCUGUUUCACAGAAAAAAGCCACUUUUUGGUUGACUAGGACUUCGUCUGGUCCACCUGUGGACAAGCUAAAUCAGGGGGAAAUUUUCACAAAGAGAGUUUUUUUAUUGUUGGAAAUUACAGCCACUUCUUCUAUCUGUAUGACUCUAUCUUGGCUGGUCCAGAGAGUGACACUUGGUACAUUGCACUUUUACCCCGGAGCAGGAUUCUGCACGAGAGUCAGUUUCACAUCCGCAGACACUUUGACCAAGUGCGUGACGAUGAGGCCGUCAUCGAUGGAGAGUUCACUCAGCGAGCAGCUGGUUACAGCAAAAUCCUGAGGGACCAAGGGAAAGAACAGAGUAGACAGCCGUUCUCACUCGCCUCAUAUGAGCGGUCAGGGACUUGCUUUUUAUCUGAUUCGCAAACUGCCAAAAUCCAUCCUCUAAUAUUUGCUUUCCCAAAGCGAGUCGGCCGUGCACAGGCUUUGAAAGACAAGGAAAUGAAGGGUGAGUAUGUUGGCAGAUGGUUGGCAAGAUACAAUUCAUCCGUAAUGGAGUAUAUAGAGUGCCUUGUAAAAGUAUUCAACCCUCUCAGAAGUCAUCAGAUUUGUGUGGUUGGACAAAUGACACUUGCUCCAGGCAAUAUUGCAAACCAAUAUGCUCCUAAAUUUUCAAGCCAACAUUCAUUAUUUGUUAGCAUAUCCAAAAAAAAAAAAUGAUGCUUAUAUUUUUGCAAAUAUUCAACCCUUCACGUUUUCAUCAGCUUUGUACUGAGCUCCUAAGGAGCCGUGGUUAAAACAAACAAAAAAAAAUGUUAAUGACUUUGCGUUCCUUCGCAGGUGUUUCGCAUUAAAACGUAAUGGUUUGCAUUCGCUUGCAACAUCUACAAAUGCUGCAAAAGAUUAAUCAACAGAUUUAUAAACAAGGAAUGUAACAGUAACAGAGUUGAGAGUUGAGUAGACAGAAAGCUCAUUCUGUUCAUUCUGGCUUUAUUGAUGUUCAAUAAUAAUUCAGCUUCUGGUUACCUCAAACGUGGCAACGGACUCGGCUGGUCCUAGCAAAAAAUGCUCAAGUCCACCUUACCCCAAGGCUGAGACAAGGCCAUGAGGUCGAGACAGAGACCGCAAGUUUAUGGUCUCAAGACCAAGACCAGCCCCAAGUACUAGAACACUACUUGCCACAGAUUCUGGAUUGGACUGAGAUCUGGACUUUGACUUGGUCACAGUGAAAAAGUUUUGCAUGACGACGCAAAGGUUUGCAUUCGCUUGCAAAAGCUGUGCUUUGAGCUCAGACAUGGAGCAGCUCAUUGAAUUUUAUGUUGAUCUUGGAUUGAAAUAUAAAGACAUAGUGUCGCUUCUCAAAAUCAAACAUGAUUCUGCGGUUAGUGACUGAAACUGAAACUGAGACUGAAACUGAAACUGAGACCUCGUACAGUAAAAGCUACAUUUACAAAGACCUGCAGAGAACUGCUGAAUAAACUAAGCACAGACUGGCCAACCUGGGCAAACAGCAUCUAACGUUAGCUAUGGUAAAAACAAAGCUCUAAUGUAGGUAAUGUCGUUGGGCAGCUCUGCUCCUACGUUUGCUUGCUGUCUGAUGAGUAUAUGUUUCGCAAGGGAACGCAAUUUUAAUUUAUUUUUUUGUUUUGUUUUACCUCGGCCCCUUAGGGUUUCCGUAGCUUUCCACAGUUUUUCGAGAGUGGCAGGAUUUUCAUUUCUGCAGGUUGGCUGGAAGGCACUUGACCACCAAUGUUGUGGUCCAAGCUGCUUGGUCCGAUUCCGAGCUGAGACGAGAUCCAGAACACGUCGAGUCUGAGUCAUAACCAAGACACUUAGUAGUCGAGUCCAUGAGACAGAGGCCGCUAGUUUAUGGUCUCGAGACCAAGACCAGCCCCGAGUGCUACAACACUACUUGCCACAGAUUCUGGAUUGGACUGAGAUCUGGACUUUGACUCGGUCACAGUGAAACAUUGACUUGCUGGUUGUUCAUCCACUCCCGUGUUGCUUUGCUCUUGUGCUUGUGGUCACUGUCCUGCUGAAAGUUUCUUACUAUCUUUAGUUUUUUAGCUGAUGCAAAUCCUGCAGUAUAUCCCUGUAUAUUGCACCAUUCAUUCGUCCUUCAAAUUUAACUAGAUUCCCAGUUCUUGUUGAGGAAAAAUAACUUAAUUCCUCAUAACGUAAUGCUGCCACCCCUAUACUUCACUGUUGGGAUGGUGUUUGCUGAGGAAUGGACAGUGUUUAGUUUGUGCAGUACAUAGCAUUUUGAAUUUUGACCAAAAGAGACUUUUAUACUGAAAAGGUGAACUUUUUUUCACCAAUGAUUCAUUAGUAGAGGCCAAUUGUGAUCCAACUAUGUCCUCAAUAGGGAAGUAUCUUUCAGCAGGUUAAAUCUGGAGCUUCCACAGCACAGGGGCUGAAUUCAAACAGCACUUUUCAGAACAGAAUUUCCAACCAUUUGUCACGGUGUUGGCUCACUGUGGAAUUAGACCUCCGCAUUUAACCCAUCUGUGCAGUGAAACACCCACAUACAUGCACACUAGUGAACACACACACUAGGGAGCAGUGGGCAGCCCUAUCCACAGUGCCCAGUGAGCAGU